AUGGACUGGAACAAUAAAUCAUAUGUUUCCGAUAAAAAAUCAUCCAACGAUUCUAUAACCACUGAAAAUUCCACUUCCACCACAGCUACCAGUGUCCCCGAUAAGAAUCUCCCCCCAGUUAAUAAUUUACCCUUCAAUCUGCCAGGCCAAUCCCCCGUAAAUAACGUCAUGCCAAUACCUUCUCAUCUAGGCCACCAUUUACCCCAACAAAUUGUACCACCUCCAUCAGACACCAACCAAGUAAUGUACCAAAUGAAUGGUAACCUUUAUCAAUCAUAUCCCGUUUACCAAGUUUACCCUGAAUAUUCCGAUCACCAACCAUCUCCACAAACAUAUCAACGAAUAAGUGACAUGGAGGACAAAGACGGUAAGAAACGGAAGAAAUCCACCUCAUCAGCAUCAUCAACGUCAUCCAAAUCUCCCGUACUGAGUUCGGCGAAAAUGCCCGCCAAAAGAUCUCGUAUGGGAUGUAUCACAUGUAGGCAAAGAAAGAAACGAUGCUGUGAAACCAAACCCAAAUGUACUGAAUGUACCCGGUUGAAGUUGAACUGUGUAUGGCCAGCUCCUGGUACGGAGCAUAAGAACAAGAGUAAAGAGUUGAAAGAGGAAGAAAAUGUGAUGUAUCAUGAAAUCUACGGGAAGAUUAAGGUGUUGAGGGGGAUUGUAGAAUAUAAGAGUGAUGAAGCUCCCACGAAUAACGAGUUUGAUAAAUAG